ACACACACACACACACGCUCCCGCUGACUGCAGUCAGAGCCCCUCAAGCUUCUGGCUUCUGUGCUCCAUCUCCCUUGCUCUCGCUUAUCUGCCCUCUAUCUGUCUCUGUUUCUCCUUCUUCAACCCCUCGUCUCCGGCUGUGGCUCUCCUCCUCUCCGGCGCUCCUUCAGCCCAUCCUCCUAUCUCUCUGACACGUUCAGUUUUCAGUUCUCCUCCUCUCCUCCAAGCCACGCUGAAUAACACAACCAGGGAACAUGUCCUCCAACGUGCCCUCGGGGACUGCGGUCGGGAGUGCCGUGGCCAAAAACAAGCCCCUCUCCCCCUACAAGAAGAGGGGCAGCUUACAGUACACAGCCAGCACAGUUGAUCUCCGUGGUCCUCGCCGCCUCCUUACUUCCCAGCAUUCCUUGCCUGGGAUCCCAGUGGCCUUGAAACAGUCCAUUGACCUGCGCACGUCCAUGGAUGGGAAAUACAAGGAGAUCGCUGAGGAGCUUUUCUCCCGCAGCCUGGCGGAAAGUGAGAUGCGGAGCGCCCCGUACGAGUUCCCCGAGGACAGCCCCAUCGAACAGCUGGAGGAGAAACGUCAUCGCCUCGAGCGACAGAUCAGCCAGGAUGUCAAGUUCGAACCUGACAUCCUCCUGCGGGCCAAACAGGAAUUCAUGAAGACUGACAGUGCUACCGAUCUUGAACUCAUAAAGGAGCAGAGCCAGGCUCCAGACCAGCAGGUGGGAGAGCCGGUUGUAGAGAGGGAGUACCAGAGAGUGUCUAUUUCUGGAGAGGAACAAUGUGGGGUGCCGUUCACAGAUUUGUUGGAUGCUGCCAAGUGUGUGGUGAAAGCUCUGUUCAUUAGACAGAAGUACAUGGGUCUGUCACUGCAGAGCUUCUGCAGGACCACCGCCCGCUACCUGCAGGAGCUCAGUGAGAGACCUGUGGACUUUGAUAUCUACGAAGAGGAGGUCUCAGAGACCUCAGGAUACGCAGAUUCCACAGUGCACCCACCUGCUUCUAAAACACACCCCUACGAGAACCAGGACCCUGCCAGCAUGCCCCCUGACGUGGGCUACGGCUGCAAGAUGGUGGAUGGUGUCAUGCAUGUGUACACAACAAGGAGCAUUUUGGAAAAGCGCACAGAGCUGGACCUGCCCUACCCAGACCUGCAGGAAUAUAUCGCUGACAUGAACGUCAUGAUGGCUCUGAUUAUCAACGGACCAGUAAAGUCCUUCUGCUACCGCCGCCUGCAGUAUCUCAGCUCCAAAUUCCAGAUGCACAUCUUGCUGAAUGAAAUGAAAGAGCUGGCAGCUCAGAAGAAAGUGCCACACAGAGAUUUUUAUAAUAUCCGUAAGGUUGACACUCACAUUCACGCUUCCUCUUGCAUGAACCAGAAGCACCUUUUACGUUUUAUCAAACGGGCCAUGAAGAAAUAUCCAAAAGAUAUUGUACACAUGGAGAGGGGCAAAGGACAGACCCUCAUGGAGGUGUUUGAGAGUAUGAACCUGACAGCCUUCGAUCUAAGUGUUGACACUCUGGACAUGCAUGCAGAUCGUAACACUUUCCAUCGAUUUGACAAGUUCAAUGCCAAAUACAACCCCAUUGGUGAAUCCAUUCUGAGAGAGAUCUUUAUAAAAACAGACAACUACAUCGAGGGCAAAUACUUUGGUCACAUUAUUAAGGAGGUGAUGGCUGACUUGGAGGAGAGCAAGUACCAGAACGUGGAGCUGAGGCUGUCCAUCUAUGGGCGCUGCAGGGAUGAGUGGGACAAACUGGCCAAGUGGGCUGUGAAACAUCAGGUUUACUCUGAAAAUGUCCGCUGGCUUGUGCAAGUACCACGACUCUUUGACGUCUAUCACACAAAAAAACAGCUGUCUAACUUCCAGGAGAUGCUGGAGAAUGUCUUCACGCCUCUAUUUGAGGUCACAGUCAACCCCAGCAGCCACCCAGAGCUGCAUCUCUUCCUGCAGCAAGUUGUUGGUUUUGACAGCGUGGACGAUGAAUCCAAACCAGAGCAGCAUAUCUUCAACCUUGACAGUCCUUUGCCCGCCAACUGGACCGAAGAGGACAACCCUCCUUAUUCCUACUACCUCUACUACAUGUAUGCAAACAUGACUGUGCUGAAUCACCUGCGCAGGCAGCGGGGGUUUCACACACUCGUACUACGUCCUCAUUGUGGGGAGGCCGGGCCAAUCCAUCACCUUGUUUCUGGUUUCAUGCUGUCAGAGAACAUCUCCCAUGGGCUACUGCUUCGCAAGGCUCCUGUGCUGCAGUAUCUGUACUACCUGGCUCAGAUCGGCAUCGCCAUGUCUCCUCUCAGCAACAACAGCCUGUUCCUUAGCUACCAUCGUAACCCUCUGCCAGAGUACCUGUCGAGAGGGCUCAUGGUCUCUCUGUCCACAGAUGACCCUCUGCAGUUUCACUUCACCAAGGAACCUUUGAUGGAAGAAUACAGCAUCGCUGCUCAGGUGUGGAAACUGAGCUCCUGUGACAUGUGUGAGCUGGCCAGAAACAGUGUGCUGAUGAGUGGAUUCUCUCAGAAGGUGAAAUGCCAUUGGCUUGGUCCAAACGCUUUUAAGGAAGGACAAGAGGGCAAUGACAUAAGACGCACCAACGUCCCCGACAUCCGAGUAGCGUACCGCUAUGAGACCAUGUGUGAGGAGCUGAAUUUAAUAACACAAGCCAUUCGCACUGAUGCGCUGGAGACCAUCGAGGAAGAAGGCAAUCUGUGUAUGGGGGCGGUCAAGGCCGAGAAGUGAACAAGCAGCAAAACACAAAUAGAAGUCUCAUUACAUUCCCUGUUUGAACACCAGGACGUAUUUGUAGAUAUGUGCAUAUGAUGCUAUGGAGAGGACCUGCAGUCUUUGUGACCAGAUGUUUGCCUCCUUUAGCUUCCUCGGUUUCUCCUUUGAUCCGUUUUCAGAUUUGAUGACGUCCAUUGAACACUCGUGAAAAUGUUCUUGUCGGUGGCUUGUGGGCAUGUUUAGUCACCAUUUCUGUGCUUCACCUGUAAUCCCUGCACCAAGCUUUGGAUAGUGGUCCCAUUCAGCGAGAAACUAUUUAUAAAACACUCACUAAAAUCAAUGCCUGAUUUUAGUAAAACAAUCUGGAACUUUUCGGCAAAAAGAGAGAGAACCUAUCUGCUGAUUUUAUCAGCAGGUCCAUUGCAAUUUUUAUAAACACCACAAAUCAAAAUUACUUGUAGCCAAAAGCCAUAUGUAUUGUUACCACAGUGUAUCCAAAAUAACUACAUGUCUCCUUGAAUCUGAUCCAGAUGGCUUCCAGUGUGUUCUGUAACUGUUUAGCAGUAAAAACGCUCCAGUGAAUUGUAUCCCCUCACGCUGUCUGUUCCCACUGAAAACCCAACCACCCCAUUUCAACACGUACACAGGUGAUUAUAUUUCCAUCAACAAAAAAGCCGGGGCGGGAUGUGGGGAGCUGUAGCAGUGCAAUGUUACAUAAGUGGCACAGGUAGUCAUAACAACUGGCUAAAAACACCACCCUUUGUACUUGUGUGGUGGUUUUGUGGAGGUGAGCGACUCAAAUCCAUGUUACCUCAUGAGAAGAGCAGUAAUGUGUUAUAACACGUUUGGUUUAUAUAUGUUGCAUUGGUGGGCCUCUUUAUAUAAAAAUGUAGAUCGGAUCGAGUACAUUUACUAGAUCCAACAAAGAUUUAAAGAAUUGCACAAGGGACUGUUUGAAAGGGAAUAAUAGAGGACUUAGAGAAAACUCCCUGGGGUGUAUGGCCUUCACAUGCUCUUAUUCAAACAAGAGGUGUUUGCAAAGUGUUUAAAGAUAUGUGCUGUGGAUAGCUCCCUUUUUCUUUUGGAAACAUGAUUUGGUGGGUCAGUCCGUCUCCUAGUCUCUUUUGCAGUUGCAAUGACUCUCCUUUCUGCUGCUGCACCCCACGCAUCAGGAUAUUAACUGACACAGCCAUAACAAACAUAUAUCAGCUAUAACAAAUCACAGCUGAUGACACACAUCUGACGUCCUCAUCUCUGCUAAACAAUGCAGCCGGUGAUGAUGAGUGAAUGACCAAUGCAGUCAUUUAUUAAUGUUAUUCUGUUUUUUUUCUCGGUUGUUUUGCUUUAUUGUUUAUCUUUAUCUAUAAGGUUCUACUACUACUACUACUAAAAAAAAACUGUGUGCACCAUUAUGAAACAGUUUCAGUACACAAUCCAAGUAUAUGAUCACCUAAAGCCAUAAACACAACAAUAAAACUGUUUUCAACCUCACCAGUUUAAUGUUUAUGUGCCUGCAGGGAGAAGAAAUAUUACUGUACUAAGCUGUUUUCUACAGGUUGCAAUCCUACUAUUACACUUAGAGAAUAUUAACUGAGCUCUGAAGCCCAGACGAUGGCAUAUAUUUGAGGUUAUGAUGAAGUUUAAAUUAUAGCUCAAGGGGUCUCUCACACGUCUGUGUAGUGAUGCUACACACUCCUAGUGACAUGCAAACUUCCCUUAUAUGAUAUUGUUCCCUCUGGCAGUCUUAACUUUGACCCUUCACCAUCUGUUUCUUGCAAUGAAAUAUCUAAGCUAGAUGUUUCUAAAUCAUAGCUCAGUGUGUGAUGCAUGAUGAAUUGUUCUUUCAGUUUUUGCUCCAAGCGCUAUUCAACCAGUGAAAAAUCCACAACUAAGUAUCAGGAGGUAAAAGUUCCCGAACUUCAUAAACUCCUCUUUUACAGUCCUGUUUUCAGUUUGGACCCUGGUUUCAUGACUGCUGACACUUUUUGUUUUCAAAAAGACUGAAUGUGUUUGUGAUCUCCCAGAGAAAUGUAUGUACUACUUGUGAUGAAGAUUUAAUGCCAACUGUACUUGUCCAAAAUAAAAAUGAGUUUUGCCGAG